AUGGUUGUUGACCCGAAUAUUGUCAACCGGUUCGAGAUAACUAUAGACACGGAAGACCCUUACUUCAGGACUUCAUCUUACAUCCUCAUUGCCUUUGGAGUAUUUGUCUUCUUGGUUGGAUUCUGUGGAUGCUGUGGGGCGAUCAGAAAAAGCAGAUGUCUUCUUGGAUUUUAUUUCUUCUUCCUUCUCUGCAUCAUGGCUGGAGAACUUGCAGCUGGAAUCUUGGCCGCUCUCUACAAAAAGGAGUUGCUUGAGCAAAAGAUGACUGUUAACCUGAAGACAUUUGUCAGGACCAAAUACAACACUACCAACAACCAGAUCAGUUCUCGCACAUGGGAUAUUGUACAGAUGGAGGGCAAGUGCUGUGGAGUCAUGGGACCUAAAGACUAUCUGAACAGCACUUGGUAUGAAAAUCACAACAGAACUGUGAAACUGCCCAAAUCCUGCUGUAAACUUGCUAACAACAAUCCUUUGAGCCCAGAAUAUGAAAAUGAAUCAGGUUGUGUGGAAAUGCUGGAGGAUUUUAACAACAAGGGCUGCAAAGACGAGAUGGAGAAAUGGGUUAGCAAACAUAUGAAUAUUCUGAUAGGUGUGGGUUGUGGAAUAGCACUCUUGGAGAUAUUUGGUUUGCUUGUCUCCAUUUUCCUGUGUCGAGAAGCAGACAAAGAAGCGGCUUCCUGCUGA